AUGAAAUUUGCUACUUCAAUAUUGUUAGCCAUAAGUGCCUCGCUGAUUAAUUCGAGUUAUGCCGCUCCAGCACCAAAAGCUGGAGAUGUUGCCAACACAGAGGAAUGCACCACAACUGCUAAAAGCUAUCAUGCUCAUCAUCAGCACAAACGUGCAGUCGCGUAUGACUAUGUUUACGUGACUGUCACUGUUGACUCGGCUGGGAAUACCGUGUCUCCAACGAUUGAAGCAUCUCUCGAGAGCAAAAAUACUGACUUAGCAACUUCUGAUUCAUCCUCUUCCAGCUCUUUGUCUUCUCAGUCAACGACCAUUGAUGGCUCUUCCAGCUCCACUUCGUCUUCUACUACGAGCUCGAGCUCAUCUUCAAGCACUUCCAGCUCCUCUUUCGGAUCAUCUAAGGGCAUAAGUGGUGAUCUAUCUGCCUUCUCCGAUCCAACUGAGAAAUUUGAGGACGGAGUUAUCUCUUGCUCUAGUUUCCCAUCUGGUCAAGGUGUGAUCCCAUUGGAUUGGCUUGGAUUUGGUGGAUGGUCUGGAAUCUAUCACCCAUCUGACACUUCCACAGGUGGUUCAUGCACUGAAGGCUCCUAUUGCUCAUAUGCAUGCCAGCCAGGUAUGUCUAAAACCCAGUGGCCUUCUGAUCAACCAUCUGACGGAAAAUCUGUUGGUGGUCUAUACUGUAAGGGAGGUAAGCUUUACAGAAGCAAUCAAGACUCUGACUACCUAUGUGAAUGGGGUGAAGACUCUGCUAGAGUCGUGUCCAAUAUUGAUAUGUCUGUUGCUAUUUGCAGAACUGAUUAUCCGGGCACCGAAAACAUGGUGAUUCCAACUGUGGUCGAAGCAGGUGGUGAGAACAUAUUGACGGUGGUCGAUCAAGAUACUUACUACCAGUGGCAAAACAAAAAGACCUCCGCUCAAUACUAUGUUAACAAUGCUGGUGUGUCGUACGAAGACGGUUGUAUCUGGAGUGAACCCGGCACUACUGUCGGAAACUGGGCACCUUUGAACUUCGGGGCAGGAUACACAGACGGCGUGACUUACUUGUCUUUGAUUCCUAAUCCGAACAACCGGGAAGCUGCCAAUUUCAACGUGAAAAUUGCUGCUUAUGAUGACGACAGUGAGGUUUUGGGAGAAUGCUAUUACGAAAAUGGUUCUUAUAAUGGAGAUGGCGAUGACGGUUGCACAGCUUCCGUCACCAAGGGAAAAGCCAAGUUUGUCCUUUACAACUGA